GUCAGCGCGUGAGCAUGCUGACACCACCUUCCAUCCUGCAGCCCUGUACCCUGGUGACUCUGUGGCGGUGGGGCCUGCAGUAGCUGACCCUGGGGCACCCACUCCAUCGCUGCCCCAACCUCCAUUCGGUCCUCUGCUGAGGAUUUCCUUAACCAGGUAGCAACCAGCAGGGACAACAGGAUCUGUGAAGAGACAGCACCGGCGGCGUCGGCGGCUCCGGGCCUGGUACAGCAUCGGCACCGGCACCAGUACCGGGCCGGGCGCAGCGUGGCGGUGCUCCCGUGGGCCCACCUGGCGCGGCGGGAGGGGCCGGGCGGCGGCAUGGGCACGGUCGAGCCGCCCUGCCCUCCGAGGUGUCACGGCAUUCCGCAGCUCUGAGAGCCGCCCCGCAGCGCCAGUGCUUUGCAUCCCCAUCCCUGCCUGGCUUUCUCAGGGGAUGCUGCAGCCUCAGGCAUCCAUGCAUCCAUCCCGUUGCUGCCCUGCAUCUGGCUGGGCGCUUGCCUCCUUGUCAGGCUGGGAGCUGAAGCCAGCAGCGUCUAUGCAGGCACACAGCUUUAUCAGCGCCUGGCAGACCCCGGGGGGAGCGGUGGGCUGUCCACUUGGGCGCUCUGCCUUCCCAGGACACAGAGUGAAGCCCUGGGCUGAAUUCAGGGCUGCAGGGUGGGCAUAGCCGGUGAUAGGUGUGUGGUGGGGAGGAGGUCUGGCCGCUGGCUCUACGCUUCUCACUCUGAGAGGUCCCUGUGCCAUGUGAGCAGUCAGCCUUGUGGUAGUGAUGACAUCUCGGCUCCCCCUGGAAAUGCAGCUGCUUCUGGGAAGGGCUUUGGCUGUGGGACGCGUUAUCUGCUGACAGCAGCCUGCUUACGCUGGAGGGGCUGUGGCCAGGGCUGGGGGCUCACCCCGCAUCCCCUGGCCUCCUGCCCUUUAUCUCCACUGCCCGUGCUCCCUCUCCACGGUUUAAGGGCCUCGUGCCCCUCUGGUGAUCACUCUAGACCCAUGGCAGCCUGGGGAUAGGCCCUGGGGGUGCUCGACUGCAGGUGGUGGGGGUCAGGGACUCUUGGUGGGGGUUGGGGAUCCCUCCCCAGCCAGCAAGGACACCAAGUGCUAGUGUGAGAUCUGCAAACAUUGAUGCUGUUGCACGGACAAUCAAACUGGUCUUUGGCAAGAGUGGCUGUCCCUCCUGGUGAGGUCAGGCCCCCGGUGCUCCCUGAGGCUUUCAGCAGCCCCAGGCUGGGGCAGGGGUAGGGGCAGGGAAGGCAGCUUCCCGUGCCUGCACCCUGUCCAGUAGCACCUGGUGCCCGGCAGAGCCCAGCAGCUCAGCCCCCCUGCGCCGCACGUGCAUCAGAUGCACCGGGGCAGAAGGCAAUCAUUUCCCAUCUGUGUCCUGCGCGGCAGCUGAGCCCUGCGCUGGCCCCGCUCAGCGCCCAGUCCCGGCGCUGCAGUGUGUCGCAGCCACUUCAGCUCCAGCUCUCGCUGGGGCAGAGCUCGGGCCCUGCUCCUGCCCACAGCCCCUUGUUGCCCACCUGCCGGGAGGCUGACAGCCAGCUGCUUGCAAGGUCGUCUGUCUAUACCCGGUAAAUCUUUAACUGCUUCUUGGGAAACACCUGGGAGCCGCCGCUCAUCUUGCUCUGACAGUGGAUUGAAGUGCACUGGUGCUGGUGCCGCAGCCAGCGUGACGGAGAGCGGGCAGGCGAGGGACCCUGCGGUGGGCAGCCGCCGCCACACUCCAGCCUCCAGGGAUGGCCGAUAAGUGCAGCGAGGGGCUGCUGAAUGGUGCUGUGCCCGGGGAGCGGGGCAAGCUGGACAAGAGCAUCAAGCGUGGCAACUGGGGCAACCAGAUCGAGUUUGUGCUGACCAGCGUGGGCUACGCCGUGGGGCUGGGCAACGUCUGGCGCUUCCCGUACCUCUGCUACCGCAAUGGGGGAGGUGCCUUCAUGUUCCCCUACUUCAUCAUGCUGGUGUUUUGCGGCAUCCCCCUCUUCUUCAUGGAGCUCUCCUUUGGGCAGUUCGCCAGCCAGGGCUGUCUUGGCGUCUGGAGGGUCAGCCCCAUGUUCAAAGGCGUGGGCUACGGGAUGAUGGUGGUGUCCACAUACAUCGGGAUCUACUACAACGUGGUGAUCUGUAUUGCCUUCUACUACUUCUUUGUGUCCAUGACGCGCGUGCUGCCCUGGACAUACUGCAGCAACGCCUGGAACACGCCCGACUGCGUGGGGGUGCUGGACGGGAACCUCUCCAGCCGCGCCGCCCUCAACCUCACCCGCCUCCUCAACACCACCCAGAAGCGCACCAGCCCCAGCGAGGAGUACUGGAGGAGGUACGUGCUGGACCUGUCGGAUGACAUCGGGAACCUGGGCGAGGUGCGGCUGCCCCUGCUGGGCUGCCUCGGCGUCUCCUGGGUCGUGGUCUUCCUCUGCCUCAUCAAGGGUGUCAAGUCCUCUGGGAAGGUGGUGUACUUCACGGCCACCUUCCCCUACGUGGUGCUCACCAUCCUCUUCGUGCGCGGCAUCACGCUGGAGGGGGCCCUCACCGGCAUCAUGUACUACCUGACGCCCCAGUGGGACAAGAUCCUCAACGCCAAGGUGUGGGGUGAUGCGGCCUCACAGAUCUUCUAUUCGCUGGGCUGCGCCUGGGGUGGUCUCAUCACCAUGGCCUCCUACAACAAGUUCCACAACAACUGCUACCGGGACAGCAUCAUCAUCAGCAUCACCAACUGCGCCACCAGCGUCUACGCCGGCUUUGUCAUCUUCUCCAUCCUGGGCUUCAUGGCCAACCACCUGGGCGUGGAUGUCUCCAAGGUGGCUGACCAUGGCCCUGGCCUGGCCUUUGUUGCCUACCCCGAAGCCCUCACGUUGCUCCCCAUCUCACCCCUCUGGUCCAUCCUUUUCUUCUUCAUGCUCAUCCUCCUGGGGCUGGGUACACAGUUCUGCCUGCUGGAGACACUGGUCACAGCCAUCGUGGACGAGGUGGGCAACGAGUGGAUCAUCCGCAGGAAGACCUUUGUGACGCUGGGGGUGGCUGUGGCAGGCUUCCUGCUGGGCAUCCCGCUCACCACGCAGGCGGGCAUCUACUGGCUCCUGCUGAUGGACAACUACGCCGCCAGCUUCUCCCUGGUCAUCAUCUCCUGCAUCAUGUGUGUGGCCAUCAUGUACAUCUACGGGCACCACAACUACUUCAAGGACAUUGAGAUGAUGCUGGGCUUCCCACCCCCGCUCUUCUUCCAGAUCUGCUGGCGCUUCAUCUCGCCCGCCAUCAUCUUUUUCAUCCUGGUCUUCACAGUGAUCCAGUACCGGCCCAUCUCCUACAACGAUUACGUCUACCCCACCUGGGCCAUCAGCAUCGGCUUCCUCAUGGCACUCUCCUCCGUCAUCUGCAUCCCCAUCUACGCCAUCUACAAAGUGUGCUGCUCGGAGGGGGACACGCUGCUGGAGCGCUUGAAAAACGCUACCAAGGCAAGCAAGGACUGGGGCCCAGCACUGGUAGAGCACCGCAGCGGGCGCUACGCCCCGGCGUUCAGCCCCUCCACCGAGUCCCAUCUGGAGGUGCAGCCCCUGCAGCCAGAGAAGGGUCGGAGCGAGGCAGCGGCUGCCUCCCCCGUGCAGGGCAGCAACGGCUCAGCCCACAGCCAGGACUCCAGACUGUGACCCCCUGCCGUCCCUGCACCCCCUCUAACCCCUCCCGCGCGGUGACACUUUCGCACCUUCCGCUGGCGGAGCCUGGCUCCGGGCUGCACCGGACCGCAGGGGGCUCUCAGCGCCUGACCCCGAGACCCCCCACGUCCUUGCCGGUUAACCCCCCCUGCCCCCCCCGUGGCGUUCGUUAACCCUCAUGUUUACGGUAACCUUUGUGCGCGACGCUGGGACAAGAGAGGAGGGGGCACAGCCCCAGGAGGGCCGGGAGCCAGAGGCACUUUGCGGGGGCCCUGCCCCAGGGGGAUGCACAGGAUGGGGGGCAGGAUGCCCCCUGGCUCCCAGCCCCCUCACAGCCAGGCAGCCUGCCCCACCGUGGGGCACAGUCCUGGCCCACCCGUGGGGAGGGCGUGGGGUGGGACCAGGGCUGGGGCAUGCCAGGGCUGCCCGUGGCCGCCCCAAGCUGUGUGUGCACAGGGCCGUCGUGGCAGGGUUUGGCACCGCAGGACCCCCAGCCCACGUGGGCACCCACUGUGGCUCAGAGCCUGCAGGGUCCCACGGGUGGCCGUGCCAAGCACCAGGCCAGCAGAGGGAGACGGGGCAAGCACAGUGUCCGCAUGGGCAGCGGGAUCCCAUGGUACAAGACACGAGCACUUAGAGCACAGGUGUGCGUGCAUGUGUGUGUCCCUUACCCAUAGAUGCGGUAUGGGCAUGCAUGUCACGUACAUGGGCACACAUGCACGGUACCCCAGGGCUGUGCAAGGUGGUGAGCUGGUGUGCCUCCUCCAUGCAUCGCUCCACCCCCACAGCCCCGUUGAGGGGCUGUGGGUGCCACCUUGGGGGCCAGGCAUUAACCUGCUAAGCUGGGCACAGCCACAUGCAGCGUGGGCACAGUUUAGUGCUCCUGCCUGCCCCAUGGCAGGGCAGGAGGCUGGGGAGUACUUCAGCCUGGCUCGGGGGGGUGAUGGGCCAAGGCCAUGGUCCAGCUCUCCCCAGCAGCCCCGGCAUGGUCAAGGGGGACCUUCCAUGGUGCUAAGGGGGAGCAGGAUGGACUGCCCCCCUGCCCCCCUGCAGCUGCUGCUAGCAAGAAGUACCAGCGGAGACACGGAGGGCUGCACCAGCCUACUUGCUCCAAGCCAUCAGGGGAUGCUCGGUCUCCAACCAGUAUUAGUGGAGCAGGAUGCACUGGCAAAGGCCAGGCAACUUUAAAUGUCUUCCAGCUCCAACCAAAGGGCUUGGAGCUCUUGAUUUAGGGUGGCCGGGGUGAGACCCUUCCCACUCUGCUGCCCCCCCUCCCAGCCAGUGCUCUGCACUCCCUAUGCCACAGCGUUGAGGCUGACACAGGGGCACAGCGCGGCUUGGUACAGUGGCUGGAGGCAGUGGGCACUGAGCCCUGGCAGGAUGUUCCAGCUCCCCUGUUCCCGUCCCGAGCCCCCCGCCGUGCCGUGGCGAGGGGCGCAGGUUCCCGCAUGGUGCCCGUGCCCUGCCCCACGUGUCACGCCGCUACUCUUCACCUCUAAUUGUUAGCAAUAACGCACGCGUCCCUGGGCAGCACUGCCUGUGCCAGUGUCUCUCCCGGUGUAGAGUUCUAAAGUAUCCUAGAUUUUAAUGAGAUUUAUAUUCCUGA